CCAGAGACUAGGAUGGAAAGAAGGAAAGGACAUACCAUGGCCUUCCACAGUAUUUACAGUUCCAGCAUCCUGGGUUACCCAACAUACAGGCCAAUUCUCCCCUACUGCAUGCACCGCUUCUCUUCUCUGUCACCAUACCAGCGACAGCUUCUGGAGAAGACCCAAAGCUACAUUCGCAUGUUCUGUGCUGGCCUCUUGGGCUUCAUCUUUGUCCUGCUGCUGUCCUUGUCCUCUUUACAUUGGGUGAAGUUCAUGGUAUUGAAAGACAAGAAGACACUCUUUGCAGGGCUCUGGACAGUGUGUCACCAUGAUCUCUGCUGGAGCCAUGUGCCAAAGGCACCCUACUACCUCCAAUUCUCCAGGGCCUUCUUCCUCAUCUCUGCCCUCAUCACCCUCACUAUUAUUAUGUGGCUCAGCAUCUCUCUCAUCAAAGGGCCAGGAGACAAAACCUACAUAGAUCUGGGCAUAUCCAUCUUCUCUUUCAUCUCAGGCACCUGCCUACUCCUCUGCCUCAUCUUGUUCCUGAUGCAAGUGAAAUUGUACAGUAGGAACGUCUUGAAGCCCCAUUUCCUAUUAGUCUACCGCCUCAAUUGGUGGAGCAGUAUCUUCUACAUGAUAGCUGGGUUCCUCUCUGGACUCAAUUAUAUAAGUUCCCGAGUUACCCCUCCAGAUCAAAAUCUCCUUGUGAUCCCUAUUUCAAGAACAAGGAUAGGAAGUGUAGCCACAGUACAGCUGGGGCUAACUGAAACAAAUAUAGGUGCUUCUACACAGAUGAGCCAGGUACUAGAAAGACAGUCAGGUUCAGUGUUACAAUCAAAGGUCCAUAGAACGGGGACUCAAACAGAGGUAGGGACCCAGACAGAGCCAGUGACAGAGACAAAGACAGUAGCCCAAAAAGUGCUAGGAACUCAGACCGAAUCAGAGGUUUGGGCUGAGUCAAGGGCCCAGACAGAGCCAGAGAUAGGAAAUGAAUCAGUAAUAAGAGAUGCGUUGACAGAGUUCACUACUGAGAUAGAAUCAAUUGACGCAGUAGAGCCAAGACCUGAGGUGGAGAUAAUUGGGAGUGUGACUGGUGAUAUUCUAAGCAGUAGCCUUGAGGGUAAUGGAAACAGAAUGACCCAAGUCAAGGAUUGUGAGGACAGAGAGUCAGCUGAGAAAAAUAAGGAUAAGACAAAAAAUUAAUCUUAGAUAUAAGGUGGUGAGAGCAGAGAUAUUAAAAACAAAAAGGUUUCCCUUUAGGCUUAAUGAUAUAUUUGUUGGAUCUGUAAGAAGUGUGGUGGGAGUAUCAGAAGUAAUUCUGAGGCAACAAUAGAACCCUCUGUGAAACCCCCCUGGAUUACACCUCCUUCACUGAGCAAGUUGAUACUAGGGGUGAACCAUACAAAUCAUUUGGAUGGUUUAGGGAAAAGCCACCAAUAAUUUAAGGAUCAUAAGGACAGCAAAUGCAAAGCUUAUUAAAGGAAGUUUCCAUGUUAGUGUUGUGUGCUGUGACUGGGAGAGGCUGGCAAGAAAUGACACACCCAGGCCAACAAGCCUUUCCCGAUUUCCAUAACCCCACGAUGGAACCUCUCAGCAUGUUUGAAAGAGCUUCCAACUUGGAAAUUCCAACUCUUUUUUGGCCCUUAGUUCCCUAAUUCAUUAGGCUGACUUUUGGCAAACAUUUAACUUUCUUGGGUCUAACAUUCUUCAUUAUCCAGGUAGGCUCUGAGAUUUCCUCUAGUGCUAUCUAUGGCCAUGAAUGAUAAGCAGUGAAGUUACUCCUGUUGGCUCAGACAACCCUGGAUUAUUUUAGCAGGUAACUCUGUAUAGUCAGAGGAACAAAAUUAAGUUAUCUACCUCAAAGGCUACUUUUGGCAACUCACUUCUUAUUUUUUUUAUUUAGACAUCUCAUUUAAAAAUACAGGUGAAUCUCACUGUUGUCAAUUGUUUAGAAGAAGUAGAAAGGAAGAGAAAAAAUAAAGGCAAAAGAGCCCCGACUCUCUGACAGAAGUGUACCAUAUAGACUGAAGGAAUUUCAUUGAGGCCUUAAAGAGUUUCGCAGAAGGGACUGUGGCCUUUGAAACCGGAAGUUAGUUUUUUUUAUUGGAAAUAUUAAUUGUUCACCAUGAGAACCCACUCUUAACUCCCUAAACAGUUCACUAUUUUACUAUUGCUGGCUGCCUGUGCCUCUAGCUUGUUAAUCAAAUUUUCUGACCCUUAAUUUUGUCACCUUUAAAAGUGACUUCAAUAAAUGAUAUCAUCUCCAUUCCACAUAUUUGACUUUCCAGAAUGUUAGAUAAGGAACCAGAAGAGAGAAGAUGAUGGUCAGGGCGGGAAACAUUAAAAGAUGUUCUUCCCAGCAAAUAUGAUUAACAGAUGUCUGCCUUAAAGUACAAAUUCUCUAAUGGGAUAGUUAAGAUUUUUGUCAUACUUCAAUUUGUAUUACCUGCAUCAGUCAGAUAAUUACAUAACUAAAUACAACUAAGCAGAUGCUUUGAUAAGUGAGAGAAGAGAAAGAAGAAACUUUGCAAAGUGAAGGUCUAACGGGAGGGAGAAUUUUGAGAUCUUUCAGUGAGGACAAAGGGGCUGACUACCUGGGAGGGCAGGCGUACUGAAAAAGUAAGAAGAAAUGUGGGAGAUUGAUAAAGACAAACGUCACCUCCACUACAAUUUUGUCUCAAACAAUAAAAGUACCUAAAGUCUGGCUGC